AUGCUGCAGACAGAUGAUGAUUCACAAGAAUUAUUAGCAGUAAUAGCUUCAUCAGGUUCAAAUCAUAGUAAAGAUAAUUUAUCAAAUUUAAAUAAAAAUUCAGAAGAUGGUGAAAAUUUAAUAAACCUAGCAAAUGUACAAGAAUUCAAGACCAAAACAGUGUUUGGUAGGAUAAAAGAAUUUAUAAAAAUAAAUUUUUUGGGUUAUAAUAAUGAAUUUGAAAAAUAUAUAUUAAAUAAUGAACCAAAUGAUUGUUCAUUAAUUGCAAAAUAUUAUAAGACAAUAGAUAUAGAUUUGAGAAAUCAACCCAAUUUAUCAAUAGAUUCAGUAACGUUAAGUAGUAUACAUAUCCCACAUCCUUUAGUAAGUUUUACAAGAAAUGAAGCAAAUCAAUCAACUGAUGAAAAUAUAACGAAAGAAUUACAAGAAAGUCCGAUAAUUGUUUUCAUACAUGGUCUUGGAGGACAAAUGUCACAAUUUGAACCAUUAAUGGGAUUAUUAUCACAAUGUUCUGAAAUAUUUUCAAUCGAUCUACCUGGCUUUGGUAAUUCUAAAAUAGAUUUUAAUAAAAAUAAAAAAUAUAUAUCACCUAUAUCAAAAGAAGAUCAAAUCAAAAUAUCAUCAAGUAUUAAAAAAAUGAAUUGGGAUGAUUUUAAAACUGAAAAUAUAGUCAAUAUAGUAUAUGAAUUUAUAAUGCAAAAAAUUCCUAAAAAUAAAACAAUUGUAUUAAUAGGUCAUUCUAUGGGUACUCAUAUAUCAAUUAAAUUAGCUAAAAAACUACCUAAUCUGAAAGUAGAAGGAUUAAUUUUACUAUCUCCUCCUGAAAUAUUAGAUGAUACAAAACCUACUGUUGAAAUAACAAAAUCAAGUCGAUCACUUACUAAAUCAUUAGCAUUUUUAAAAUUUUUUACAUAUUUUCCAUUUUUGUUUGAUUAUUUUAGAGUUUGGGACAGAUUACCUGGAUUAAAAAGUCAUAGUGUUACUAGACAAUUAUCUAAAACAAAUAAUAGAUUUUAUAAUAGUUUAAGACAAUUUAGAUGGAAUUUAGAUGUUAAUUCUACUAUUUCUUUAAGAUAUGUUAAUGGAUUUCAAAAAGCAACAACCACUGAAUUAAUUACUGCAAUUAAAAAAUUUAAUGAUAAUCCUUUAGAUAAACAUGUUUAUGAGAAAACUUUAUUAAUAUGUGGUUCAAAUGAUCAAUUAACAGGAGUUUCAUCAAUUUAUAAAGCUCAUGAAUUUUUAACUAAAACUUUCAAUAAAAAAGUUUCAUCAAUAAUUGAAGUUAAAGAUGUUGGACAUUCACUUUUAUUAGUUAAACCAGAAUUUAUAAGUGGAAUGAUUUUAAAUCAUAUUGAACUGAAAUUUCCAGAAAGAUUACAUUUAUCACCUGCUUGGGUAUUAAAAAUAAAAGCGUUAAUUUCUGGAGAUAAAUGGGGGUUAAAAAAUGAAUUAAAAUGGCUGAAUUUAAAACCAAUUUCUUCGAAUAUUACAAGAAAUAAUGGAAAAGAUAUUGCUCCAUUAUUGGGUAUGAAAACUUUAAGAGAGGAAGAUACUGUACAUUCUCCUACAAUAGUUGAAUCAUUAUUUUAUGAUACAAACUCAAAUAAUACAGAUAUAAAAGGAAAUCUAAUAGCUAUAAUUGACAUUUCAGCAGAUAUUCCACCUUAUAGUCCAAAAUCAUUUAAAACAAUAAAAUAUUAUAAGUGUGCUACAGUAUCAAAAGUAGUACCAGAUCAAAGUUCAAUAAGAAGAUUUAUACAAUUAAUAGAUGAUAUAUUAGUUAAUAAUAUAGUAGAAAAUCCUUUAAUUGGAGUACAUUGUCAUUAUGGAUUUAAUAGAACUGGAUUUUUAAUAUGUUGUUAUUUAAUUGAAAAUUUAGGUUGGUCAGUUGAAGAAGCUGUUGAGGGGUUUAAAAUAGCUAAAUCUCCUGGUAUAAAACAUCCUCAUUUUAUAGAUGCAUUGUAUGUUAGAUAUGAUAAAUAG